CGUUACGGCAAGGUAAGGCAGACCAUAAACAAGUCUUCCCAGCCUCACGGAGCAGCCCCAGAUCCGGCACCGGCAGCUUGCGGGCAGCGGUUCUCCACUGUCCACCAGGGGGCAGAGCUGCUCGGCACAGAUGGAAGAGAAACAAGACUGGUUUUCCCAAGAGGCAGAUGCGUGACUAAGCGGAGAAGAAAUCACCUUGGAAGGAAUGAUGAAAUGUGUAAUCUUUGCACUCACACUCUCGGUAGCUAAUUGGAGGCCCUGAGUCCCGGACCUGCUGCUCUAGUUUAGAUCUUUCAAAACCUCCCUGAAGGCAAGUGUUGAAAGCUUGCUCAGUCGCCAGCCUGUGGCACCACGGGGGAAAUGGUGGACCUCUAGGUGGGGGACCUUUAGGUGAAAGGCAAGUCGUUGGAAUCAUGCUCCUGAAGGGCAUCCUAGGACCCGGCCCUUGUUCUCCUUUGCUUCUUGGCUGCUAUGGGACAAAGCCGUUUGCUUCUGCUGUGCCUACUACUGUGUUUUCUCUUGCUGCAAGCCCGGGCUAGAGAUCUGCAGCUGUGGGCUAGAACAAACCUUCACUCUCUCUAACAGCGGGCUCAUUUGGGAUCCUCUGAUAAUGGGUGGAAAGCUAACACACCGGCCACCCGUCUAGCUGUGUUAUCACAACUAUUCUUCCUGUUUUCUGCUGCUCUCCGGUCGGUCUGGAGUCCCUGCACGCCAGCUGUCACCCUGGUAGCGCCAGCCCGUGGCAGGGUCCUAAUACACAGGAGCCUACCAGAGUAGAAGUGUUGGGGGUGUUCUGUCAGCUGCCUCAGGCCAGCCACGCCCACCGAGUAAGGACCUUUGGCUUCAAUUUAAUAAGAACCACAUUAGUUACCAACAGAAUCAAGGCUUGGUGGUUCGUUGUGGUAAAGCCAAAGUUUCAGUAAUGCAUAUCUAAAUUCUCAGACAUUACGGGGGAAUCUUGCAUUGCGUGGCUAAGUUAACACUAAAUAUAGACCCACCAGUUAUGUGCUGGGCUUAUGGGCCUCAUGGGAGCCCUUGUGAGCAGUAGGAAGAUCAAAGGACAGAAUUGGUAGAAAGUUUUGCUGUUGUUGCUCCCGAGUAGUAGUCUUUCCCUGGCAACUGAACAGUCAGCUCACGUUUUCGUAAGUAAUUUGCAUGCUCUUUCAUCCUGAAACUGAGCGAUGAUUCUUGAGUCCUGGGGGCAUUCAUUGCAUGGCCCUGCGCUUUUUGACUUCUCGUAGAAAAGAUGUAGACUUGAUUUUAAAGAUUGUUUCCUGAAUCGAGUGAACUCAGGAGUGCCGUUCACAAGUGGCUGCGACUCACUCAACAAAGCAUCUCGUUAAGCUUUGAAUUCAGUCUCAAUGGCGUUCUGAGUUUGAAGCGUGCAAUGUGGUGUGAGUUAUUUUUCUGUCUGGACACCAACGCGUGCAGGGGGAGUGCAGAUUCUUGUUUUUUUCAGAGACUAUUUUCAUUUGUCCAAAUAUCUAUUGGUCGAAAAUCAAGCAGCUAUUCAAUGACAAAAGGUUCAGCUGUUAGCCGUGACCAAGAGCACAGGAAAACGAGAUUACUUACGCGUCUCAGCUCCAGGAUUAGAAAGGCUUCCAUGAAAGGCUGCUGCUUUGGCCAUUGGGACAAUGACUCACCCCUCCCAGACUGUUGGACCUCACAGCAUCCAUGAAGAAGGAAAACUCUAUGUUGUAGAUUCCAUAAAUGACUUGAACAAACUCAAUCUCUGUCCAACAGAAUCACAACAUCUAUUCUCGCUAGAGGAGAAAAUCUCAAAUGGUGCUACGCACCCAGGAAGUGGAAGACGCGGUCUAUUUUUUGUGGGACUGCUCCUGAUGUUGACGGUCAGCCUGGCUCUGGUGUUCUUUGCCAUCUUCCUGAUAAUUCAGACAGGAAACCAGAUGGACGACGUGUCAAGAAGACUGACGGCCGAGGGAAAGGACAUAGACGACCUUAAGAAAAUCAACAGCAUGAUCGUAAAGCGGCUCAACCAAAUGGACUCGGAACGGAACUGAAAUGAUUUCCCCAUGAGUGGCCACGGAUAGCAGGAGCUUCUCAGCUUGCCCGGAAGUACAUAGGUUAAGGACUGAGAAAGCGCGCUUCUUCAGGUGGCGGAUCCACUCUGACACCAGCUAGGUCAAGGACGGGGAUCGCUCCGAAACAAGGAGUUUAGAGGUGGCAGCCGGAAAGAGGUGAACUGGAUUCAGGCUAAUUUCCUGCUAACUGGUUGCUUCAGCUUUGGUGGGGUUAGGGUGGUGGGUGGGUAGCAUGGAGAGGAAUCAAUAGCGAGAGACUCAGCCCUUUAUGUGCAACUACUAAGAGAAAAUGAGCUUGUUUUAGAAGACUUCCGGUGUCCUAGUGAGAUCUAUGAUGCCUCAGGUCCUCCCUGAUCGAUUCCUGCAGAACUGUCUAUGCUGCGGUGAACCAGGCGGUCACUCCUUUCAGUAACACACAGUAUUCUAUAGGUGACACCCUUUCACUACAGCUUUCGAGCGCUGUUGUCUGCUGCUCCUUGGGGAAAACAUGGGUAGUAGUGGUGUGUGUGCUGAAGUCGAGGGACAAAAGAAAAAGCCUACUACAGCCCACGACUGUCUCCUGAGCUCUCUUUGUGAAAACCAUCUGGUUCUAGAGACACUUCCAUGCAUUUGUGGGAAAAGACAAGAAUGUCUAUUUAUGCAUAAUUUAUAAACCCUGUUAAGCUUUGUCAUGAAAAAAAAAAUCCCUUGGUACCCUGCUGAUGACUUGGAGGAAACUGGCUAGGUGUGUGGUCUUUGCCAAAUUAGAGUAGAACAUUGUGUAUCUGAGAACAUUCUUGUUUUAGCAAUAAGAAUAAGGUAUGCUUGAGCCGGGUGGUGGUAGUGGUGGGGGUGGUGCACAUCUUUAAUCAGGAGGCGGAAGCAGAUGGAUCUUUGUGAAUUCGAGGCCAGCUUGAUCCACAAGACCUUGUUCCAGGACAGGCUCCAAAACUACAGAGAAACCUUGCCUUGAAAAACAAAACAAAACAAAACAAGAAGGUAUGCUGUAUAUGACAAAAUGGGGCAAAAUAAAUGAGUUUAAAAGCAUGAGUUUUUAUUUAAUUAAAAUACACUGUUGUGAGUCAGUUGAAGAAUGUAUGGCAUUUUUUUGUCAUUUUGGUUUAUUGAAAACAUUUGAAAAUGAGGUAGAUGCAAAAACACAUUUUGAAUAAUAUAAUAAUACGUGAUAGAAUAACAAUGAAAAAUUUACUUCUACUAUUUAUUGACUGAUUUGCACUAAAAUAUUUAUAUUGCAUACUUUUUUAAAAUUUGAUUAAUAUUGUGUGGAAAAUUAA